UUUAGGAGAGGCAUAGAAAGCUUGCCCUUAAAUCAAAACGAUGAAUCCAGUGGUUGAACUUCUGUCCAAAGUUCUUUAAGCAUGUUGGGCAAAUGCUCACCAAAUUUUAUGCAUAGAACUUCAGAAAUCAAACCACAAACUUAAAACCCAAUUGCAGCUUAAUUUUGCAAGCCAUUCAACUGACAGAGAGAAUGCAAGGGACAUGGGUGCAAAAGAAGGCCUUGGAAGCAGGGGAGGGAGAAGGAAGAGUGUUGUGGCGAUGGGUGCAAAAGAAGCCUGUAGAAAUUGCAGAAGGAAGCACAGUAAUGGUAAAAGAUGACACAACUCUAUGGGCAUGGGUGCCUAAGCCUCUAAAGCUGGGAGGAAGGAGCAUUACUGAAGAAGAAACCCCCACUUCAACUAAAAAUGGAAGUAAUGGAGAUCCUUCUCCAGUUUCAGUCUCAGUCGUAAGUGUGACUACUGAAGGAAGUCCUCACAUGGCAACAAAAACAAGGCCAUGGAUCUACCGCGUGCCUGUUCAGAUAAAAAAAUUGAAUUGCAAAGCCUACACCCCUUCUGUUCUCAAACUGGGUCCCCUCCACACAGAGCAAGACAUCAGGGGAGAGAGGUUGAAGAUAGCAGCAUUGGAGCGCGUCCUCAGUAGAAGUGGGCAGUCAAGAAAAUACUACACAGACGUGGUCGGGGGACACUACAACAAAGUGGUGGCCUUCUACGAGGGUCUAGACCCGAUUAUGUCGGGCGAGCAACUUAUAGACAAGAUGGUGGUUGAUGGUUUCUUCGUCUUAGAAAUGAUGAGGGGAGAGAUGAUAGGUGGUUUUACGAAACUGGGCUAUGCAUCAGACCAUCUGAUAUUUGGGGCUAGCGUGCAAGCUAGCCAUCUCCCCCAUGUGAAGCGGGACAUGCUAUUGCUCGAGAACCAGAUACCCUUCAUGGUUCUUGAGGUGCUCAAAGAGGCCGAGCAUAGAGAUGAACCUGACUUGAAUGUAUUGAUCUUUUGGUUUCUCGAGUCUAUAUACUUGGGUCGAGGUGAGCCAGACAUGUACAAAGGCACACUCCACCUCUUGGAUGCUCUACACCGGCAUUUGACGGUUAGGCCGAGAGGAAGCUAUCAAUCUCAGGGCACUUUCAUCGAUUCUAUAUGGACUACCAUUCAAAGGGGCCAAGGGCUCAUGCGUGAGAAAAUCCUUGGAGCAAAGGAUUCGAAGACAACAGCUGACAGUUUCAGGAAGAUGUUUAACACGAAAUCUCGACAGGACAGGCGAGCUAAGCAGGCGAUACCCCUUGCAAGCCCAAGACAAGGCAGGGUUUCUAGGGUUUGGGAUCUAAGGGAGAUAGGGAUCAAGAUUGAGGGAAAGGACACAGGUAGCUUGAAAGGGAUGGAGUUUCAUAAGAGCAUGCACCAAGGUGCAAUCCUCACACUUCCAAUCUUACUGGUGAAUGAUAUCAUGGAGAUUUUGUUACUUAACUUAGUGUUGUACGAGUUACUUCACACACAACUCGAAUGUGCUAUCAUUUCCUAUGUGAAAUUCAUGAGGGAUUUGGUUAGAUCCGAAGAAGAUGUUAGGGUUUUGUGCUCUUCUAAGGUCUUGGUGAACGAGCUCGAGGGAGAAGCACAUGUUGUGAGCUUCUUCAAUGGCUUGUGCCACUUUGCUAUAACAUCCAUAUCAGGGGACACACAUGAUGUGCUCAUGCUAAGGAGAUCCAUUAACAACUACUCACAACCUGUGUGGACUAAGUGGAGAAACUUGGUCCACACCUACUUUAGUGUAUUCUUUCUCCUCACCUUGGUUCAAACAAUAUAUGCAAUCCUUGCUUAUCACCUCAAACCUUCUUCAUAGCAUGGGUUUUUGGCUGGUUUGAAGCCCGAAACUUUGUUGGGAGGGGUUUGUUGAGGCUAUGGUUCUGUGUUUGAACCCAUGUCACAAAUAAAAAAAAUGAGAAACAAAUUCUUCUUCUUUUUUUGUCUAGAAUGUGGAUAGCUACUUAACAAGUUGUUGUUUUUAUCACCUCAUCUUUAUGCUUGCCAUUUGUGUCCUCUUGGGAUGAAUGUGUACAA